AUGACUGCAGUGCUUGUGAAUGGAGGCGGCCUGGUGAACACGCACUGUGACAGUUGGGACCGGAGGGACAGCGUGGAAAGCAGCUGUCAGACCGAGUGCGGCAAGGACAGCGAGGAGGACCAGCCGCGCCAGCUGACACCCUUCGAGAAACUGACUCAGGACAUGUGCCAAGAUGAGAAGGUGGUGAGGGAGAUCACGCUGGGGAAACGCAUAGGCUUCUAUCGAAUUCGAGGAGAGAUCGGAAGUGGAAACUUCUCCCAGGUCAAGCUGGGGAUUCACUCCCUAACCAAAGAAAAGGUGGCCAUUAAGAUUCUGGACAAAACCAAGUUAGACCAGAAAACCCAAAGGCUGUUAUCCAGAGAGAUUUCCAGCAUGGAGAAGUUGCACCAUCCCAACAUCGUCCGUCUUUACGAAGUCGUGGAGACCCUGUCCAAGCUCCACCUCGUCAUGGAGUAUGCAGGAGGCGGGGAGCUCUUUGGGAAAAUUAGCACCGAGGGGAAGCUUUCUGAACCGGAAAGCAAGCUCAUCUUCUCCCAGAUAGUGUCCGCAGUGAAGCACAUGCAUGAAAACCAAAUUAUUCACAGAGAUCUGAAAGCAGAAAACGUCUUUUAUACCAGUAGCACUUGUGUGAAGGUGGGAGAUUUUGGAUUCAGCACCAUUAGUAAAAAAGGCGAGAUGCUGAACACUUUCUGUGGGUCUCCACCCUACGCUGCACCGGAACUCUUCCGGGACGAACACUAUGUUGGUGUUUAUGUGGAUAUCUGGGCCUUGGGUGUCCUUUUGUACUUCAUGGUGACUGGUACGAUGCCAUUUCGAGCAGAAACCGUGGCCAAACUAAAGAAGAGCAUCCUUGAGGGCACCUACACCAUACCCCAGCAUGUGUCAGAGCCUUGCCACCGGCUCAUCCGAGGAGUCCUUCAGCCCACGCCCACAGAGAGGUAUGGGAUCAACUACAUCAUGAGUAACGAAUGGAUGCGAGGGGUGCCAUACCCCACCCCUUUGGAACCUUUCCAACUGGAUCCUAAACAUUUGUCAGAAACCAGCACUCUCAAAGAAGAAGAAAACGAGGUGAAAAGCACUUUAGAACACUUGGGGAUUACAGACGAACACAUCCGGAAUAACCAAGGGAGAGACGCUCGAAGCUCUAUCACGGGGGUCUAUAGAAUCAUUUUACAUCGAGUACAAAGAAGAAAAGCAUUGGAAAGUGUGCCAAUAAUGGUACUUCCAGAACCCAAGGAAAGGGACCUAAAGAAAGGGUCCCGUGUCUACAGAGGCAUAAGACACACAUCUAAAUUUUGUUCAAUUUUAUAA